AUGCCGUCCUCUGCUUUCAUUGAUAUUGAUCCAUGGAGAACCAGCAUUUAUUCCGUGACGUUUCUCGUACUGGCACUUUCCAUCGUUGUCUCGACUCAGAAGGGCUCGAUACAGCUCAACUCGGUGUAUCGUCGAUUCUUCUUGACGAAUCAAUUGGGCAAUGCCAGUCCUGCUGCAGACCCAGCAGAGACCACGCAUAUAAAGCCCGCACGGCGGCCGAUCACGACCGACAUUGAUAGAGAAAGACAGCUCUAUCAUAUCCUUCAGAAUCCCGAACGUCAUCCUGACGCUUUACGGCGUGCAGAGCGAUAUACCGCUCAUCGACUCUCACAGGCCUUGCACUUUAAGCAUGGCAUCUGGCAGCUUCCUGACACCUUCGAUCGGCAUUCACUCGAGACAUUCCUAGCAAAUGGUCACGACAACAAUGUCCAUAAGUACGAAGAGUAUUGCCAGCGUCGGCGGCAGGGUGCUGGUCGUGAAUUGUUCAAAGCAGAUGGAAGCACUGGCUCAAGGACAGACAAGGAGAAGGACAAGGCUUUUGCAGAGUGGUGGCUUAGGCAAUCCACUCCUGUCAAGUUUGUUGAUGGUGCCUGGUUGUCAAGGAUCAUGUGCGUUCCCGUCCAGAACGGUGUUGAACGUGAGGUUCGUCGUGGUGCAUGGCAAGUCAUGUCUGAGGAACUCGGUGAUGGCGCCAUGGAGAUGAACCACAUAGCUAUCUACGCUGAUCUCGUCAAGACUUUGCCGAACCCCAUCACGAACUCCGGAGAUGAAGCUUCCUUCAUUGCACCGGAUAUGGAUCUUGACGAUCCCCGUGUCUGGAGGGCUGCCACAACGCAAUUAGCUCUGGGAAUCUGUGCUGCAGAGUGCGAACUUCUUCCCGAGGUCCUAGGUUUUAACAUGGCAUAUGAGGAUCUCCCUCUUCAUCUCCUCUUGACCACGCACGAGCUCCGUGAGUUGGGGUUGGAAGAUAAGUACUUCACUCUUCAUGUGUCUAUCGACAAUGCAUCCUCGGGGCACGCUGCCAUGGGACGUGAAGUUGUCUGUCGCUACCUUGAAAGUUUACCUGAAGGCACGGAGCGUGAGCAAGGCUGGAAGCGUGUCCGCGCUGGAUAUACAUUGGCCGAAAUGCUUCCUACCACGCCUGAGCGUGACAGCAUUACCGAGAAGCUUGUCAAGAUCCUGGGUGAGAAAGCUGAAAAGGGCGCUGGAGGCGUUCAUUGCCGCUCAACUGUCAAAAUUGGAGGCAAGACCAUUCGCGACUGGCUUUGUCCUGAGGAUGCCGUCCAGGGGUGCCCACCCGAGAGUUCUACAGCCGCGCAUUUCCGUGCAUUCCUGAGAGCCUUGAUCGAUAGCCGCUGGGUUAUCCCAGGAGAUCCGCAGAGUAGCCGCCUGUGUAAAGAACUAGAGUGGGGAGGCAGGAUGUUUGGUGCAUUCUCUGGCCGUGAGACGCAGGUGUUGACGACCUGGGUUGAAGGGUUGAUUACUGAAUCAGACAAGCCUGCGUUUGAGGAUGCGGUUAUGCCGAAGUACAACGCAGAGGUGGGCAUUACUAGAGCAAACCCACCAAAGGAACGUGGUAUUGGAAAGGCAGAGCUGAACAAGCUCUAUCCCAAUCUUCUGGGUGUAUCUUGCUCGACUGUCAACGAGCUCAUGUCCACCACCUCCGUGCCGCAGUCUGUCGUCCCUUCCACCAUGGCAGCUGCCACCCGCCUCCUCGAAAUGUGGCCGACUAUCCCUGCGAAGUGCGCUAGUGAUGUUGGCAUGUCUGCUGUCCGUGUUCUUCGUGCUAUAUACGGGUUUGAGGACGUAGAAGGGCGUUGUGCCGGCAUGGACGAGGUUCUCGAGCCUUUCAGUCAAGGAUUGGCAUUCAAUGCCAUGCACUUCCGACGUGAUAGCGGCGUGGAGGUUGAGACCGAGAAGUCAGCGCCAGGCCAUGCAUCUGAGGUGGAGAAGGUGCUUAUCGGCAUCUCGAGGAAGCCCGAAGAAAUGUGUGCAAUAACUUGGGGAUUGACGCUGUUCUUCUCUACAAAAAUGUGGCCCUAUCACACUUCCGAGAAAGAGAUUGUAGAGCGAGUUCAGAAGGAGUGUGUUGAGAUUAUUAAUAAGGAGCGUGAAAGAGACGGGUGGUGGCAGGACGUCUGUAGCGGGUGGAGCCUUGCUGGACACUUAUGCGAUAGUACAUUUGAUAUGGUACAGGCUUAG